AUGGCUCCUCAUCCGGGUCUUGAGGCGGAUUAUAUCAAGGAAAAGUCCCAAGAAGAACUUCUCAGUCUUCUUGAAGGCGUUAGAGGCAAAAAGAACCUUGUGAUUAGCAAGGAGCUUGCAGGACCCCUCGGACUAUUUGUCAAGUUUUCUGCCCUUCAAGAAUAUGGAGUCGACCGUGUUUUCUUACUUGAAAACGAGAAUGUUGACUCUUCUCAACGGAAUAUCGUUUUCUUGGUUCAUGCUGAGAAGCCCAAGCAUGUAAGCACUGUAGCUGCCCAAAUUCGGAAGCUUCAGCGCAAUGGCACUACUGAACAUGAGUAUUCAAUUUUUUGGGUUCCACGGAGGACACUUGUGUCCAACCAGAUCCUUGAGGAUGAAGGAAUUAUCGGAGAUGUAAACAUCGCUGAGCUUCCUUUAUAUUUCUUCCCACUCGAGAAUGACGUCCUCUCUUUAGAACUGCCGGAGUCGUUUGGUGACUUAUAUCUCCAUCAUGACCCUAGCUCGAUCUAUCUUUCAGUCAAGGCAUUGAUGCAACUCCAAAGAAGACAUGGAAUAUUCCCACGUAUAGUUGGAAAGGGUGAUAAUGCCAAGAAAUUAGCAGAUCAAUUGCUACGCAUGAGAAAAGAGGCCGAUGCUGAAGAAUCGUCAGAAUUGUUAGAUGCGUCAGGUCGGGGGCUCAUGGUUAGCUCGACGAUUGAAAGUUUGAUCGUCAUCGAUCGCGAUGUAGAUUUUGCGACUACACUAAUGACCCAACUUACUUACGAGGGGCUUGUGGAUGAGUUCUUUGGUAUUAAACACAACCAAGCAGAAAUUGAUUCAACAAUAAUCGGUGCAGGCAUGUCGCAAAACUCAUCUUCUGGUUCAUCGUCUGCUGUAAAGCAAUCAUUGAAUCGCAAGAUCCAGGUGGAUUCGUCUGACCAGCUUUUUAGCCAACUACGCGAUGCUAAUUUUGCUAUCGUCGGAGGUAUAUUGAAUAAAAUCGCAAGACGCCUGGAGAGCGACUACGAGAGCCGACAUGGAGCUAAGACGACAUCGGAACUUCGAGAAUUUGUCAAUAAACUCCCGGCUUAUCAGGCAGAGCAUACAAGCUUGAAGACACACACAAACCUCGCAGAAGAGAUCAUGCGCCAAACACGGUCAGAUAUAUUUCGACGAAUACUGGAGGUCCAGCAAAAUUUGGCUGCCGGCGCGGACCCUUCAACCCAACAUGACUUGAUCGAAGAACUUAUUGCUAGGAAUGUCCCUAUCAAUUCUGUUCUACGUCUAAUGUGUAUCGAAUCUUGUGUCGGUGGUGGCUUUCGUCACCGAGACCUUGAGAAUUUUAAGAAACAGAUACUUCAGGCUUAUGGUUACCAACAUCUAGUAACCCUCUAUGCUCUUGAAAAAAUGGAACUUCUUCAAUCACGAUCUUCGGCUACUGCUAUGAUUUUACCUACUGGUAGCAGUGGAGGGGCAUCAAACCUGAAAACAAACUAUGGUUAUCUUCGCAAAGCUCUUCGAUUAAUUGUCGACGAAGUCGACGAGCAAAAUCCAAAUGACAUAGCAUAUGUAUACAGUGGAUAUGCCCCAUUAAGUAUACGCUUAAUCCAGUGUAUUAUCCAAAAGCCACAUAUCUUGGCUCUCACAAAGAGUCUACCCGCGCCAGCAGCAGCAGCAUCUGCAUCUGGUAGCACGCCUUCUCCUGGAUGGUUAGGGUUUGAGGACAUUGUCAAAAGUGCUCGUGGAGCCACAUUUAAUCUCGUUCAGAAAACAGAAGAAAAGGCCUCUCGCACAAAACAGACCUUAACUGGAAAUGGUGGUGUCAAGACUGUGAUUAUCUUUUUCUUAGGUGGAAUCACCUUUGCAGAAAUUGCUGCAUUACGUUUUAUUUCCAAACAAGAAGAAUCGAGAAGACGGAUAUUGAUCUGUACAACUGGAAUAGUCAACGGUAAUCGGGUGAUGGAAGCGGCUAUUGAAACGGCAACAUUAGAGCCGUCAAAUCAAUAG